UAUGGCAAACCAAGUGUUUAUAAGAAUGCAUUUAAAGUAUUUUAAAAAUUUAGUUUACUUUAGAGUCGCAAGUGCUACAGGUCGUAUUUUGAAUAUAAUGCUUUUGCUUACCCUUUUUAUAUCGAUCUCAAUAUCUUUGGGUACCUCAAAUCCAGCUGAAGGUUUUCAGCAGAAAUCUCCCAAUCCCAAUGUGGAAAAUCCAUGUAGUGCAUCUCGUAUUUGGGUUUGGAGACCCAUCCUCGAUAGAUUUGUUAAGGUCAAUUCCACCGAUGAUAUGAAAGCCCAAUUAAACGCUAUGGCAGAAACCAUAACAACUUUGCAGAAUCGAAUCACCUGCAAGGAUGAGCAAUUAGUUUCACAAACGAAGGAAAUCAAGGAUCAAGGUGAUAGAGUUAAUGUUUUGACACAAAAUGUUAAAAUCUUGCGAAGUGAGCUGAUAACUGCCAGGGGUGAAAUCAUAAAGAAAGAGAAAAAACUUAAAUUGAAUACGGAAAAAAUAACUAAAAUUACCGAUGAACUUCUGGAGUGCAGUCGGCAAGAUACUUGUCCUGCUAAUCGUCCCGAUGGAAUUUACAAAGUGAAAAUUCACGGAUUAAAAGCAUUCGAAGUGCCCUGCAGCUCAAACGGUUGGUUAACUAUUCAAAAACGUAUCGAUGGCUCCGAGAAUUUCGAUCGAUCCUGGAAGGACUAUAAGUAUGGUUUCGGUAAUGUAUCUGGAGAAUUUUUUAUCGGACUAGAGAAAAUGCAUUAUAUGACUCGAGAACGAAGCUACGAACUGUAUAUCAAACUUGGAAAAGUUAAUGGAUCCACUAGCUAUGCUCAUUAUGAUAAUUUUCGGAUUGGAAGCGAACAGGAAUUAUAUGAAUUAAAAUCUCUGGGGUUAUAUAAUGGUACAGCUGGAGAUUCUCUGAGAAGACAUGAAAACCAAAAGUUUACCACUUUCGACAGGGAUAAUGAUUCCUUUAAAAAUAAUUGCGCUUCCGAUGAAUACGGUGGUUGGUGGUACUACAAUUGUGCUCAAAGCAUGCUCAAUGGAAAGUACUACAAGGAGGGACACUCCAGGGAUAAAAAAACGAAUGGAAUUAUGUGGGGCUCUUGGCAUAACAAUGAUUGGACAUACUCGCUGACCUUUGUUGAAAUGAUGAUUAAGCCUAAAGCCAUUUAA